CAUAUGCAUGUUUAGAUGGAAUCCGCGUUAGACCUCAUAGAUGACAACACGAAAAGUAUGGGUGCCUGUUCCUUGAACGAACAUGUUUUGGAGACAGUUUCAAAUGUGGAGACUAGAUUAACAUUCAGUCCAAAUCCUAUCGAGUUUAGAGUGAUGAAAAGGUACUCAAAUGACGACAUAAUGGAAGGCUGUAUUUUGGAACAACAGAUUAAAGUUACCAACCGUAGUAAAAACACUAUAUCGUGUCAUUAUAGCCAUUUGUUCGAUCCAAACUCGGUACUUCAAGACGACAUGAAUACCAUAAAAGUGAUACCAGUUGCUUGGUGUCGUGUGCCACCAGCUACAACGUUCGUUUACUCGGUGACAUUUAAACCGACGGCAUUACCCGAUUUCAAAACCUACCAGAGUUUAUAUGGAGUGAAGCUAGUGUUUGAAACUGUGACAAAUUACCAACCAGAUAUCAAAUACGUGCUGAGUAUUCCAGUCAAGUUUCGUGCGAUUAAACCAGAACCAGAGUUGGUAACCAAAACGAUAACGUUUCUACUUAGGCUAUGACUUAAAUGAAACGGAAACGGACGAUAACGACAUAAUACCCGGUACUAUUAUUAAUUAUGUUAUUC